UGCUUGAAUUAUCCACUAAGUGUAUUUGUUCAGUAAGCUCUUAAAAAGGAGCAAUAUAUAGAGCCUUGAUAUGAUACUAUGGAAAACCUAUCUUCAGUAACUCUGCAUAAUGAAGCUAAAUGCCAGUAUGAUGCAGGCAUCUGAAAGGGAUGGUAUUCUUGAGUCAAGAGAGUAUAGUUCAGUCCAGGACUCUACAUUGGUGACAAGGACAUGGGACUCCUCCUGCCAGAUUGCAGAUGGUUCAUUACAACUGAGAUCUUGGUUGACUACUGUGAAAAGGAACUUUGGAUUAUUUUAUUUUAUUUUUGUAGAAGAACACACUCCCAAAUCUGUAAAAUACAUCAGGCUUCAUAUUUCCUGUAGAAUUUUAAAGUAAGCUUCUCUAAUGAGGAUGUCUGAUACUGUUCCUGUAAAAGAUGAAACUGAUGGAAUGAAGGGUUCAGAAGCAGAAUUUGAAGACAUAACCCCUGUUGAAAACCUUAUAAAAUCAGAAAGCCAUGAGCAAACUCAAGGAGAAAAGGAUGAAAGUUAUUCUGACAACAGAAAUGAUUUGCCGCGGCCAGUGCAGUCUUUUGGACAGACAGGAAAAAGGUCAAAGUCAAGUACAAAGUUAAAACUAGUUCGGAGCCUUGCUGUGUGUGAAGAAUCUCCACCACCUCCCACAGCUGAAAUAUCACAGGAUGUCCAGGAGAAAAUUCAGAUCCAGUUAUUGCAAUCUUUUGAAAGAGAAGAGAAGCCCACAAAAGAUGAAACGGAAAAGGAAAAAUCCUGUGAUAAAUUGUCCAGAAAAAUGUUAUCAAGAGAUUCCAGUCAAGAAUAUACAGAUUCAACUGGCAUAGAUCUACAUGAAUUUUUAGUAAAUACAUUAAAAAAUAAUCCCAGGGACAGAAUGAUGCUGCUGAAAUUAGAACAGGAAAUUUUAGAUUUCAUUGGUAAUAAUGAAAUUCCACGAAAGAAAUUCCCUCCAAUGACCUCUUACCAUAGGAUGCUAUUACACAGAGUAGCUGCUUACUUUGGAUUGGAGCACAACGUGGACCAGAGUGGGAAGUCAGUCAUAAUAAAUAAAACUAGCAGUACAAGAAUACCUGAUCAGAAGUUUUGUGAGCAUAUAAAGGAUGAGAAAAGUGAAGAUUUUCAGAAACGGUACAUCCUUAAGAGAGAUAACUCAAGUUUAGACAAAGAUGAUAACCAGAUGCGAAUACGAUUAAAAGAUGACAGAAGAAGCAAAUCCAUAGAAGAACGCGAAGAAGAGUACCAGAGAGCUAGAGAACGAAUAUUUGCACAAGAUUCCCUAUGUUCCCAAGAGAAUUAUCUUAUUGAAAAAAGAAUCCUGGAGGAGGAAACUAAUAGUACACAGCAAAGACGGCAGAUAUUUAGAGUCAAUAAGGAAGCAUCAGGAAGAUCAGCCAACAGCCAUCAAAGCAGUACUGAGAAUGAGCUGAAGUACUCCGAACCCCGUCCCUGGAGCAGCACGGACUCUGAUAGUUCCAUCCGCAAUCUGAAGCCAGCUGUAACCAAAGCCAGCAGCUUCAGUGGGAUUUCGGUUUUGACAAGAGGAGAUAGCUCUGGAAGCAGCAAAAGCACAGGCAGGCUGUCUAAGACAGGUUCAGAGUCUUCUAGUAGUGUAGGGUCAUCCACGGGUUCUCUUUCUCACACCCAGCAGCCUCUUCCAGUCACAGCUCUAAGCCAGCCUUCUCAUGGCACACCUGCCGUCUAUCCAACUGUCAGCACUAGUAAUUCUCUUUCCUUUGAUGGUGGCAUAAGUGGGCAAGUGGCACCUACUAGCACUAGCUUCUUUUUGCUUCCCUUGGAAGCAGCAGGCAUACCACCUGGCAGUAUUCUGAUCAACCCUCAAACAGGUCAACCAUUCAUAAACCCAGACGGCACUCCAGUUGUGUAUAACCCUCCUAUGCCUCAGCAACCUGUCAGAACCCAAGUGCCUGGACCUCCACAACAGCCACCUCCUCCCCCACCACCCCAGCCGCAGCCAGCAGCUAAUCACAUCCUAUCACAGCCUAUCCGGCCUCUGCAAUCCUCUUCACAGCCUGUUCAGUACUCUACCGUCUCUUAUCCACCCCCGCUCCUGCCAGUGUCAUCUACCCAGCAAUAUACUGUGCAAGACAACCUAGGGUCACAAUUUAGCCAUAUGAGUCUUGCUCGCCAGCCAUCUUCUGAUACUGCUGAAGCUCACACCAUGUUCCAGUCCACUGUAGUACUUCAGCCCCCACAGCAGUCUGGCUAUAUCAUAGCAGCAGCCCCACCUCCUCCACCACCACCAAGCCAACCAGUUCCUGCUCCUGGCUAUUCUGCAUCCAGCCAUCCUGUUAACCAGCAGGUGCUCCAGCAGCAGGGAUAUAUGCAGCAAUCAAUAUCACAGAUGCCAACUUGUUAUUGUGCUCCUGGCCAGUAUCCACACUCCAGUCAGCAAUAUCGACAAGUUACUUCUGUCCAUUACAACGCACAGCAAAGCCAACCACUGCCACAGCCUGCACAACAGACAGGUUACCAAGUUAUGCCUAACCAGCAGCAAAACUACCAGGCGUUAGUUGGAGUUCAGCAGCCUCCGAAUCAAAAUCUAGUCAGUGGCCAACACAACAACAUUGGAAACCAGAUCCAAGGUGUCGUUGUCUCAUAUCCUUCAGUGCCAACUUACCAGGUUUCAAUGCCUCAAGGUUCCCAAGGAAUGUCCCAGCAGACAUAUCAGCAGCCUGUUAUAAUUCCCAAUCAGGCAAAUCAAGGAUUGCCCACAACAGGAAUGCCAGUUUACUACAGUGUCAUUCCAUCAGGUCAACAGAAUAAUUUAAGUUCAUCAGUAGGAUAUUUGCAGCCUCCAGGAUCAGAGCAGAUACAGUUUCCUAGAACAUCUUCCCCUUGCAACUCCCAGCAGCUUCAAGGACAACAGUGUGCAGCGGUAGCACCCCCACCAGGUGGAGGAGUAGUAAUGAUGCAGCUAAAUAUACCUAACAAUCCCCAGCCCCGACCCCACUCACCUCCGCAGUGGAAGCAGAAUAAAUAUUAUUGUGACCAUCAAAGGGGACAGAAAUCUACAGAGUUUAGCACUUUAGACAGUGCUGCACAGUUACAGCAUAGUCCUCAACUAGGUAGUCCUGUCACCUCACCAGCCCAAUCACCAGCACCAGCUCAGCUAUCAAAUCUGAAAAACAUCCGUCCCACGUUAACACCUCUUUCUAUUGUGCCCCAGUUUUCUAGACCUUUUGUCCCUGGACCAGGAGAUGCCAGAUACCCAUUGCUCGGCCAGCCAUUGCAAUACAACCCUCCACCAUUGUUACAUGGGCAAGUAACAGGCCAACAGUGUCAACCUGGAAAUAGGCAUGGAAAUAGAGGAAAGAAACCAGCAAAGAAGGCGGCCUCAGCAGAUCUUGGUGCAGGGGAACCAGUUGUUGGAAAAGUCUUAGAAAUUACUGAACUGCCGGACGGAAUAACUCGUAUGGAAGCUGAAAAAUUAUUUGGAGAACUUUGUAAAGUUGGUGCCAAGAUUCGGUGGCUAAGGGAUCCCCAGUGUCUACAGACACAGCAGCAACAUCACCGUCAUUACUGUGGCAGUGGAGAUAGUAAUGUGAACGCUGAACCCUCCAAACCUAGUGACUUGGCUUCCACAUACACAGUUCUAGCUACGUUCCCUACAAUGUCAGCAGCUCAAAAUGCUUUGAAGAAACAAAGUAACUCAGUUAACAAGUUUAGGCUGAGAACAAGCAAGAAGCACUACGACUUUCGUGUUCUGGAAAGGGCUAGUUCCCAGUAGCAGCUACAUCAUUGGACAUUCAGCCUUUAUUACUUCCACGUCCUUCUCUCCUCUACUUGAUUGGCUUGAUAUUAUAGGGUUUCUGUUCCCUUCCUAAAGACUCCUGGGAUGUAUUGUCACAUGACAUUGUAGCCUUUGGGGAAAAAAAAACCCAGUGAUCCAGCAAGAAGAAGAAAAAAAAUGCAUUUAAUCCCAGGCGACUGUAAGAACCCAUUCUGACAUAUGGAGAGGCAGCUUUCUAUAAAGGAUGCUGUUAUAAUGCCCCUCACUUUUAUAAUAGUUUUGUUUUAUAUUUCUGAAUUCUUGUAUUGGAUCCAAAGCUCUAUUGUACAGGAAACUUUUGUUCAUAACGAAUACCCAAGCUCAGAUCUGUAUUUUGUAAUCCCUUUUCACAGCCAGCACACAGCUAUCCAUUUUAGGACAGGGGUUAGGGUGGGGGGAAAGGAGAGGAACUGUUAAGGAAUUGCACUCUAUUUUCUAGCUAACUACCCAAAAGUCUCAAGUUAUCUAUUCCUCUUCCUUGUAUUUCUUACUAAAAAAAUCACUAAGUACUACUAACCUCCUUAGACGGUCCUUUCCUUUUGAGAUUUAUUUAGACAGCGUCAAAGAAAAUUACAAAUAAAUUUAUAUUCUUGAAUGACUCAUUUCUGAUCAAACAGGUUAGUGUGAGUAUUAAAGGGGAAUAUGAACGAACUAUGAAGAAUGUUCAUUGUAUCCCAUUUGUUUUUAGGAAAAUGGUGAAGAAACUAAAAUGCAUCUUCCCAAAUGACAAAAUGUUUGCACUUUAAUUGUGUUCCCACCAGAUGGAUCUUUUUCUUUUCACUCUAAGAUAAUUGCAUUCAGUAAGUGCUGGAAACUUCUUAAAUGGUUUAAAUAUGUUUGCAUAUUUGCAGAGGAUCACUGGACAUCAAAAGAUACAUUGCACAUACAAACACCCUUUUUCAAUUUCUGUGUAUUUGCAAGGCUGUACAAUGUGUGCUGAUGCAAGCCUUUUUUCAGUUCAAGAAAAUAAAUGUUUACAAAUACAAA